AAUGUCCAAAAUGGCGAACGUUCUUCUCUGUACGAGGACAUGUCGUAGACAUCUUUUAGGAAGACCAGUUUCUCUAAUUACAAAACGCCUAAAGCAACACAGUAUAGAAAAAGAACCAAUGCAGUCAACAGUUACUUUUAUAACAGACUUCAAAGACAAAGAAAGUCUGAUCGACUCGCCGCCGUACGUUAUCUCAUACAGCACUCGUGGUUUUACUAUAAAGGAUAUCAAAGUGUUCGGCUCCGUUGUAAUCUUUCCCUCGGCAUUUUACCACUGGCGGAUUAAAAAACCAGAAGAUAUAACAGCAGAGAGUCUGACUCUUUUUACAGUAAUGGAACCCCCAGUAGAAAUUGUGGUUGUAGGAACUGGAGAAAAGAUUUUACGCCUACCACCAGAGAUAAACAAUUAUAUGAAGAAACACAAUAUUCUUUUGGAAGUCCAGGAUACACCUAAUGCAACUGCAACAUUCAACUUUCUCUUGGAAGAACAACGGCUGGUUGGAGCAGCGUUCAUCCCACCUAAAAUAUUGAAGGAAGAUUGAUUGUUUUAUUUCUUUCACAAUCAUGUGAAAUAAGUCACUGAAAAUGACUGUGCAACACCUGGUAACAAACAGUCACACAGAGCCUUCUAAAGGACCAGAAUGAUGUAGUCACUAAAACAUGGAUGUCACAUGACAAAAUUUGAGAGAGCCUAGCUGCAUACAGUGAGAUAACUACAGUUGUUAUGAUAGCAUUGUGAAGGGUUAGCUGUAACAAUGAACACCAAGACCUCCAAGAAUGUACAUCUAACUCUCUCCUGUGCUUCUUUGAUUCUACCUUGCUGGCCUGGUAUUUCAGCAGACAAAAUCAUGAACAUGCUAAUUUGGUAUAUCAACUAAGAUGAAAUUGUAAAUUGGCCACCGUAAAGAGUUAAAAAGCUGAUGUUUUGAUCGUUAGCCCUUCACCAGAGCAAAGGGCCCUUCGCUGUGAUGAAGGGCUAAUGCUCGAAAUGUCAGCUUUUUAACUCUUUAUGGUGGCCAAUUUGCAAUUUCAACUUAGUUGAUAUACCAAAUUACCUUUUUACCCCCACCAACGCAGCACCACAGUUCUUUAGAAACUUACCCCCUAAAAUCAUGAACAGGUUGUCAAGCAUAACCAAGGUCCAUUCGGGAAAAAACUGUGCCUUAAGAUCUUAUGGACUGACUUAGACCUCCAACUAACUGUUUAAUUUUUUUUCUGCUUGUUUGCUUUUUUCCCCUUUGCCACAAAAGGCAUGGAAAAAUUAUGAUGAUUGGUCCUUUUCCUUGAAAGCUGAACCUAUUAUGAGUGCCAGUCUGAUUAAAGGAUUUAAGAUUUUGGCCGCUCAUUGAGAUGCUUCAGAAAAAAAUAAAGUUUAAUAUUUCACAUACUGCACCUGUGUGUGGGUGUGUGUGUGUUUUUCCUUCUUCCUAGUAUGUAAGAUUAUUUCCUUAAAACCAUUUACCAGAAAUGAACAUAAAAGAUCCUAAACUUGUGUGUGACCAAUCUUAAAUUUCAGCAUUUUUUGUCAACACAAAUUUAUCAGGUUGAAAAAUUAACAGACACACCUUAAUGUAAAUGUCCAUUUGCCAGGAAUUGAUUUUUUGUGGAAAAUGACCAUGGCUCAAACAAACUUUCUUUUUUUUUUUCUUCUUGUAAAAAAAAAACCAUAAUUUUGAGGAAUUGUUCCAAUAAAUACUAUGCCUUGAACAUUAAAAUAUCAUUUUAAUGUAAGUUAAUGUUUUGGUAGCUGAGAAUGGAGAAUUUUUGCAAUUUGGAGGCUUGGUGUUAGAUUUCUACUAGAUUAAAAGCCAAACCCAUAACAGGCAUUUGCCUUUUUUUUUUCUCCAACAUUUUCAGCUGAAAGAACAACAGUAAACAAUUCAGAUUUGGUUUAGUAAAGUUAAAUGUAAAUUUUCAUCAUUUGAGAUUGUGAUAGUAUUAAACCAGAAUUAUAUGAAA